AUGCAUCUGACCAAAUUCUUCGGAACCGUUGCGCUGUUCUUCGCUGCCGCUUCUGCUGUGCAGCCAAGGGUCGUCAACCUCGGCGACAUCAACCGCCGCCGUGGCCCUUACAACCCUACUCCCCCCAACUCGCCCAGCGGCAAGAUUGUCACCAACGGCGAGGAGGACGACGAGUAA